AUGAGUAUACGUUGCCCAGGAUGCACCCCGUGGAGCUGUCUUCUUGCUUCCCAGUAUCUUUGGCUUUCCGUAAGCUGUCUUCUUGCUUCCCAGUAUCUCUGGCUUUCCGUCGUUAGGGCUGGACAUCGAAUCAGGUGGGUCUUCUCCAUUUCAGCUGGAUACCGAAUCAGGUGGGUCUUCUCCAUUUCCUCCUUUGAACACCGAAUCAGGUGGGUCUUCUCCAUUUUCUCCUGUAGAGAAUCAGAUGGGUCUUCUCCAUUUCCUCCUGUAGGUUUCACAUCAGGUGGGUCUUCUCCAUUUCCUCCUGUAGGUUACAGAUCAGAUGGGUCUUCUCCAUUUCCUCAUGUAGGUUACAUAUGGUGGGUCUUCUCCGUUUCCUCCUCGACAAUUAACAAGGAGCGUGAGGACCAGAUGAAGCUACUCGACUCUCUACUCAUUUGGUUUGGCAGUCUAAUAGGCCUUCUUUCCGUAGGUGCUUUGGCCCUUGGGAUUGCGCAGAGCCGGUGUAAAAAUCGGGAAACAUUUUUCAAAAAUUCCAUGAAGAUUGAAAUGCCAAUCUUGGAUACACUCCACAAUGAGCGGAACUGA